ACCACAAUUUGGAGGAGACUACUGCACCGGAGAAAGAAAACGCUAUCGUAUGUGUAACAUUAGCCCCUGUCUCAAAGGCUUGCCAACCUUUCGUCAGAUGCAAUGCAGUGAAUUUGAUACAGUUCCCUACCAGAAUGAAUUCUACCACUGGGUUCCUGUUUAUAACACAGCAAACCCCUGUGAGCUCCACUGUCGCCCAAUAGAUGGCCAUUUUUCAGAGAAGAUGCUUGAUGCAGUGACUGAUGGUACUCCUUGCUUUGAAGGGAGGCACAGCCGAGAUACCUGUAUUAAUGGCAUGUGUAAGAGUGUUGGCUGUGAUUAUGAGAUAAAUUCCAAUGCCACAGAAGACCAGUGUGGAGUUUGUCUGGGAGAUGGCUCUGCUUGUCGUACAGUGAAGAUGACAUUUAAUCAAAGUGAAGGAUUUGGAUAUGUUGAUAUUGGGCUAAUCCCGAAAGGUGCAAGGGGAAUCAAAGUCAUGGAAGUUGCAGAAGCAGGAAAUUUCCUUGCUGUGCGAAGCAAAGACCCAGAAAAAUACUACCUGAAUGGAGGCUUUAUCAUCCAGUGGAAUGGUGAAUACAAAGUGGCAGGCACAAUAUUUCAGUAUGACAGAAUAGGGGAUCUAGAAAAUCUGACUGCUCCAGGACCCACCAAUGAAUCAAUAUGGAUUCAGCUACUUUUUCAAGAAACUAACCCUGGAAUCAAGUAUGAAUAUACUGUACGUAAAGAAGAAAGUAAUGAAAAUGAGAUUGGAGAGCCAGAGUAUUUUUGGCAAUAUGGAGACUGGACAGCCUGCAGUGUAACCUGUGGAAGAGGGGUGCGGCGCCAGAUCGCUCACUGCGUGUGGAAGGGAAGCGGAGCGAUCAAAAACUCCUUCUGCGAUCCAGCAACAAAGCCGAACGGGCGGCAAAAGAAAUGCUACGAGAAGGACUGUCCACCCAGGUGGUGGGCAGGGGAAUGGCAGAAAUGUUCAACCACGUGUGGCCCAACAGGCCAGAAGAAGCGAACUGUACUUUGCAUCCAGACGGUGGGAUCUGAUGAGCAGGUGCUGACUGUCACAGAGUGCCAGCACCUGCUUAAACCAAAGACUCAUCUGUCAUGCAACAGGGAAGUCUUGUGCCCAUCUGACUGGACAGUGAGCAACUGGACUGAGUGCACAGUCACUUGUGGUGGUGGAAUAAGGACUCGUAAUGUCAUUUGUGCCAAAAAUAAUGAUGAGCCAUGUGACAGUUCCAAGAGACCAAACUCUAAGGCUCUGUGUGGUCUCCAACAAUGCCCUUCUGCUGGAAGAUUUCUGGUGCCUCCACUGGCACCCAGAAGAGGCAAGAUCAUCAUCAGAAAAACAACUCCUAACCCCGAACGCGGUCUUCCUCGCAGAAUACUCAGACCAAGCCCAAGACCCAAUACAACAACAAAAAUACCCAAGCCUGAAAGUGUAACUCCCUAUUUGCCUACAUCCUCUGGUUUGGGUAAUAUCUCAGGAACAGAGGCAACAGUCAACAGAACAUUAAAAAAUAAUUUUGGUGGACCAAGUGAUGUUUACAAUUACCUGGUUGUUUCUACUGAAAAUAGUUUACAUCCAAAUACUACUUCACAGCUUCUUCAUAACAGCUUAAGUCCUGAAAUUAUUAAGCAUGCUGAAAAUACUUCUCAAAGUGAGCCAGUUUCUACUGUAGAGAGUAAGAUGCAAAGAAGUGAGGACACUACUGUUUCCUUUUUUACCAGUAAUCCAGAAAUCACUUCCAGCUAUGAUUACUUAACUGAAGAACCUGACAACACUGAUAGGCCACUUGGAGUUAGCAAAAAAAUGAUUGAUCUCUCCUACAGCACAGAACUCAAUCCUGAAAUCAGAACCAGAAGCACAACCCUAGACACUGUUCCUCGUGUCCUUCAAAAUGAGAAUGUGACUUCCCAGUCUCCACCAGCAUCUCAUCACCAAGACCCUUCUAUGCUCCUUCCUGCUAGCAGAGCAGCACAAGGGUUGGCAUUUCCGACAGCAAACUAUAUCAGUCUGCAAGUCGAUGUGCCUGUUGUAGAAGUACCUACCCCACAAGCACUGGUUACAGAAAUGCCCACAAUGCUUGGUCAUGUACCAAGAGACCAAACUGACAACAGAAGAGAAAUAAAACUACCUGACACUAUAACUACCAGCACACAAUCCUCAGCUCUUAAGCAUUCUCUGAGGAACCAAAGUGCGACAUUUGAGGGUGCUUUAAUGAAUGUCACAGAAAACGGCCAGUUAAUAACAUCCAACAGUUUGCUUGGUGAUGCCUACUGGAUAGUAGGCAACUGGAGUGAGUGCUCUACCACCUGUGGAAUGGGGGCUUUCUGGAGACAUGUGGAGUGCAGCAGCAGGAACACGUCUCACUGUCAGCACACAAAAAAGCCUGAUCCAGCAAGAAAAUGUUAUCUUCGCCCAUGUGCUAGCUGGAAGACAGGAAAUUGGAGCAAGUGCUCUGCCAACUGCAAUGGUGGUUUCAAGACCCGAGAUAUUCACUGCGUUGAUGUUCGUGAAAAACGACUUCUCAGGCCUUUUCAUUGCCAAUUACUUGGAUAUAAACCACAAGUCAACACUAGUUGUAACACAGAGCCUUGCUUGCAGUGGCGUGUGGAGCCCUGGAAUGAGUGUUCGAGAACAUGUGGUGGUGGCCAGCAAAAGCGGCACAUCUACUGCCCAGAAGAAGGAUACUGUGACUGGACCAAAAGACCUAAAGCCAUUGCAUCAUGUAACAGGCAGCCUUGUACACAGUGGAUUAACCAGGCCUGGAGCCCAUGCACUGCUUCUUGUGGAGGGGGCAUUCAGCAAAGAACUGUGAAAUGCAUGAAUGCAGAAACUAAUGAAACUGAAGAUGACAGUAUGUGUGUGGAUAAAGCCAAGCCCACAGAGUAUCAGAAAUGCAAUCUGCAAGACUGCAGGAAAAGUACAGGGCUGCCCUGCAGCAAAGACCAGCUGUCCGUUCACUUCUGCCAGAGGCUAAAAGGCAUUGGGAAGUGCUUACUGCUGUCAAUACGGACUCAGUGCUGCUUCACGUGUAGUGAGCUCCAAAUUCGUAACAAAGCAAGAUAUGGGGAUCAGCGAGGCCUGAAACAACAAAAUUACACUAAAUCUAGAAGAAAAUCACCUCAAAACCAAGAAAACAACAACCAAGCAACUCGGAACUAG